CUUUCGUGCUUUCGUGCUUUCUCCCUCGCCAUUCCAGCACGCCAGCAGUGCUCUGACUGCUCUUCACCCCACCUCUCUCUUCCCAGACCAUGUCCAUGUAUCCCUGGCAUGCCUCCACGACGACCAACGCUGCUGCCGCCGUCGCCGCCGCCUCAGGGUCUCGCCUCGAGUCCCCCUCCUCGUCCACUCAAUCCGCCUUACAAAUGCCCGGGUUGCGAUGGCUCCCAUCCAUGAUUUCGCGAGCCACACCUCUCCCCACCCUGUCGUCCAAUCUCCGCAUUGGCCAGCAGCAGCAGCAGCCAUCGCCGCAACAAUCCCAAACAUCACCGCAGCCGCAGCCGCAAACCUCCCUCUCUCACGCCCAUCCCCAUCCUCAUCAACACCCCCACCAACCGGCACAUUCGCAAGCACGCCAGGGCGUACCACUGAUGGUUGAAUCGCGAUCCCAACAACCACAACCUCUAUCGCUUGAAAGCGACAGCGACCACUCGGACACCGGCGCGCGCGACCCCACCCACCCUGACGUUCUCGAGGAUUCCGAAUUCGCCCCAUCACCCGACAGUAUUCCUCAGGGGACGACGCUUGCCCGACAAUCUGGACCUCGCGCCACGACCACCGCCGGGGUGAUGCCGAACGGCACCGGGGCCAAUCGAACCGCGCUCCUGGCCGCCGCAUCCAGCGUCGUCCGACCCUAUCCACUAGAUGACCGCGACGACGAUCCCGAGGGCACGACGGGCGGAAUCAAUGGCGACACAUCGCGCAAGCACGGGAAGCGAUUGACAACCCUGGAGGAAGUGUCCCUUUUCAACAUCUGCAACCGACAUGCAAGCGAGUUUGGACAGCGCAGUAACCUCUGCAAAUGGUGGAUGACUGUUACCGCAGAGUUCACCCGGGACCAGGGUCAUCCAUACUCGUGGCAUUCGGUGCGACGGAAGGUGGAAUUGGUCACGAAGCAGCGGAUGAAGUUCCUCGAUGAGCAGCGCGACAAGGGCGCGGACGCGGGCGAAGACCUGUCGCAUACGCAGUGGCGGACGGCCGUGGACGCGUGGAUACCUACCUGGCAGAGAUGGGAAGAGGCCGAGGCCCGGAGGAUCCAGAAGCGAGACUCGCGGAAACCGAGAAAGAGAAAGGACCGGCCAUGGGACGCAUGGGAGAGUCCGAUUGACGGAUGGAGGAACGCAACAACCGCCAGUCCGCUUGCUGGCGUUAGCCAGCAACCUGGAUUUGCGACCCCCGUGUCACAGAGUACGGUGCGGUUGCCCCCGGGGUUCGAUAACAUGUUUGCCAGUCAGGGACUACAGACUCCGUCACCCGUUGUGGGUUCCGCCGCAGCCGCUGGCGCGAGUCAUACGCCCGGCACGGAUAGUUCCAUGAUGAGUGCUAUGCUGGAGACGCUGGGGAAACUAAACCGACACCUCGACUCAGUGAACACCCAGCCUGCAUCAUCCCCACUCGGCUCGGCCAGGAAACCGACAUCACCCUCCGAGUCUCGUGCUCGCGACCAGCAACGGGAAGCCCAACGCGUGGAACCGGCAAACACCGUAAACAAUGCAGGCUUCGUCGAGCCAACCGGACUCACGCACGUCUCCUCCCACUUCAUCAACAAACUCAAAGAUGAACUCCGCCAGGAAAUGCGCGCCGAGAUGCGCGCCGAGAUGCGCGCCGAGCUAGAAAAAGACCGGGCCUCCUUGGAAGAGAAACUGGAUUCCGUGCAGCGGACCCAGGAAAUGAUUCUCGAGAUGUUGAGACAGGAACCUGCCUGA